AUGGAUGUUCAUCUGCUCGUCUACGACCUGUCCAGAGGUUUGGCCCGGCAGAUGUCUAUGGGCCUGCUGGGAUUUCAGCUAGACGCCGUCUACCACACAUCCAUUGAGGUCAACGGCAGGGAAUAUGUGUAUGAUGGCAGCAUCAUUGCAAUCGCGCCGGAAUCUUCCCAUCUCGGCAAGCCCAUGGAGAUGAUACGGCUUGGAUCAACGAGUCUGCCUAUGAAUAUUAUUGAGGAUUAUCUCGAUUCAUUACGUCCCAUUUUUACUGUUGAGGCCUACGAUCUCUUCCACCACAACUGCAACAACUUUAGUGACACGCUUUCCAACUUUCUCGUUGGCAAAGGCAUCCCGGAACACAUCGCUAAUAUGCCCCGGGCUGUUCUUGAGACGCCAAUGGGGCAGAUGCUUGUCUCGCAACUCACACAGUGUGUCAAUGCUGGCCGGCAGCAGAACGGCUCAAUUCUUGGUCUCCAACAGAGCGCGCAGGUCCCGAUAAGCCUGACACCUGCUCCGAAGCAAGCAGUGAAAAAUGUGGCCACCCCUGCCGACUUAUCUGUGUUGCUGGAUGCAGCGAGACGGUCCUGUGCGGUGAUUUUCUUUACGUCCGCCACAUGUCCACCGUGCAAAGUUCUAUAUCCUGUCUUUGAGGAGCUUGCGCAGGAAUUUGGUGGCAAGGCUACCCUCAUCAAGGUCGACAUAUCUUUACCUCAAGCGAGCAUUAUCGCUAGCCAGUACUCCGUUCAUGCUACGCCAACCUUUAUCACUUUCGUAAAGGGUCAGAAGGAAAACGAAUGGGCUGGCGCUGAUCCAGCUAAGCUGCGAGGAAACUUGCGCUUACUCGUCGAGAUGGCUCAUCCCCUCCAUCCUCACGAGAAACUUCGACUGCCAAGCUUCGUUAAUCCAAACACCAAGCCGGUCAUCUAUGCCAAGGUUCCCCCGCUAGAUAAACUCAUCAGCAAGAUGGGCGAUGAUGUUUCGAAGAGAUCUGAGGUAAAAGUUCUUAAAGAUUAUCUGGAAGAGCGCACAAAGUCUGGUCUCGAGUCUGCUAUUAUACCAGACUUAGGCCAUCUGUCAAGCUUUGUUCAGGGUUCCGUUCAGUCUAUGCCCUCAACAACGCUGUUCACCGUCAUUGACCUGUUUCGGUGCAGCCUCUCUGAUCCCAGAAUUAGCGGAAUUUUUGCUGAGACCGACCAUAAGACAGUAUGCAGUGUCCUUGGCACCGUGAAUGGAAAUGCGGCCUGUCCCUACGCCCUUCGUCUCGUGACGUUGCAAAUGGCAUGCAACUUUUUCUCGACGCCCUUAUUCCCUGAGGAAAUAUUCAAAGAUGCCAAGCUCCGCGCUAUGAUUGUACAACUUGUUUCAUCCAGCUUCUUGGAUGACAGUCACACCAGUGUCCGCGUUGCUGCUGCAUCUCUUUUAUUCAAUAUGGCGUUGGCCAACCAGCUCGCUAGAAGACAAGACACCGGGAUAUCUUUAUCAGAAGAGGACCAAGUUGAGUUGGCAGCAUCUGUUGUAGAGGCCAUCAGUCAAGAAGAGACAUCGGUCGAUGCGCUAAAGGGGAUGUUGUCGGCAUUGGGGCACCUUGUUUAUGGUGCAGACCUAGGCGGAGACCUUGCAGAUCUUCUAAGAGCACUAGAUGCGGAAGGCACAAUACUACAGAAGAAAAAUACUUUUUCUGACGAGAAACUAAUUACAGAGGUUGGGUCAGAGCUCCUUGGAAAGGGGCUCAGGCGAGAAUAG